CGUAUCUUCGUUCACCGAAACAACCCAUCGUCGUCUUCUUCAUCCUUUUUGACAUUUCAAUUUCGAAACCGCUCUGUUAUCCUCAUCAUUUCUUCAAACCCUAAUUCCGUUGCACGCUUCAUUUCCAUCUCCGGUUCGCAAUUUCACAACGCAACAAAGCCUUUGUAGCGAAACAUGUCGAAUUGGCUAAGAUCUGCGGUCAACAAAGCCGUCGAGGCCAGCAACAAGAACAAUCUCACCAACACCGUUAAGAAAUACGCCGACACCGUCGUCCAACACGCCGGUCAAGCUGUUGCUGAGGGCGCCAAAAUCCUUCAGGAUCGCAUUGCAGCUAGGAAUUAUAGAAGUGUUGCACAGACAGUUAAAAGAUUGGAAGAAGCUGCUAUUUCACAUAGGGGACCUGAGAGAGUACAGUUGCUUAGAAGAUGGCUUGUUGUCCUUAAAGAGAUUGAGAAUUUGUCUGGAGCAUUGGCUGAAGGUAAAGAGAAGACUCUAGAGCAGCACCUUGUCGUUGAAGAAAUAAAGGAGAACCCACAAAGACCUUCUCUGAUUCUUUACUAUGAUUCUGAUGUUGGAGGAGAACCUCUAAAUUUUCGCGAUGUCUUUCUUCAAAGUCAGGCACUGGAGGGUAUAACACUAUCAAUGAUUAUUGAAGCUCCAAACGAGGAAGAGGUUUCCCUUCUCCUGGAGAUGUUUGGGCUUUGUCUUACUGGGGGAAUAGAAGUUCAUAAUGCCAUAGUAAGCAGCUUACAAGAUUUGGCAACAGCUUUUUCAAGCUACCAAGAUGAAGUAUUGGUGAAGCGUGAGGAAUUGCUUCAGUUUGCGCAACGCGCCAUCACUGGGUUGAAAAUCAAUUCCGAUCAUGCAAGAAUAGAUGCUGAAGCCUCUAGUUUUAGAAAGAGUCUCAUUGAGAUAACAACUUCACAGGGGCUUGUAAACAAAGAUGAUUAUAAUGCUGCUGAGGAAAGGCAAGCAACCCUAGAGGCUUUAAGAGUUGCACUAGGACAGAUUAGAAUUUGCUCCAAACUGGAAGGAUUGUUGCUGAAGAAGAAAAAUAUAAGCAAUGGAGAUUCUCCUGAGGUUCAUGCCCAAAAGGUUGACAAGCUGAAAGUCUUAACGGAGUCUCUUGUUAACUCUGCUGCAAAAGCUGAAAAGCGUAUAUCUGACAACAGACAACAAAAAGAGGAGGCAUUAAAAGUUCGUGUGACUAAAAGUGGUGAAACUAGUGAAAAGGAGAAGGAACUGACAGCUGAGAUAUCUGAACUCCAACAGAAAAAAGAAGAUCUAGAAACUGAAUUGAAAAAGGUUAAUACUUCUUUGGCUGCUGCUCAAGCACGUUUAUGGAAUGCGAGGGAAGAGAGGGAGCAGUUCGAGGAAGCAAACAAUCAGAUAGUUGAACACCUGAAGAUAAAGGAAGAUGAACUUACAAAAUCAAUUAGCUCAUGUCGGGUUGAAUCAGAUGUCAUCAAAACCUGGAUUAACUUUCUGGAAGAUACCUGGGUUCUCCAGCAGUCAAAUACAGAAAUCCAUGAGAAGCAGGUCAAUGAUGAAUUGGAGAGACAUGAGGACUAUUUUGUGAACUUGGUCAUUCAACUUCUUACUACUUACCAGAAAGAGUUAGAGCCUUGUAUUAACCAUAUCCAAACAUUUGUUGUGAACCUCAAGAAUUUGAGUCAGAGGUUAGAAAUGACGCCCAGUGCAGAUACUGAGGAGUCAAAAUUAUUAAGUCCAAGGAGAAAUCUCGAGGAGGAAUAUUUGACCUAUGAAGCCAAGAUUAUUACCACUUUCAGUGUAGUGGAUAACAUGAAACAACAGUUUUAUGCUCAACAGGGGAAUAUUACCAGGAAAGAUGAAGAGAAAGUCAAAGACCUUUUUGAUGCCAUUGAAAAGUUACGAAUUAAAUUUGAGUCUAUAGAGAGACCAAUUCUUGAAAUAGAGAGCCCACCUGUAAAGACCGAAACAUUGCCAUCUGAGAAAAAAUCAGAUGGUACUCCUUCACCUUCUGCUUCAGUUCAAGGUACUGAGUUUUCAAAGACAGAAACAGAUGAACAACCAAAAUCCCCUUCAGUUAAAUCAGAUCAGGUAUUGGACCAUGAAGCUGAAUUAGCCCAGCUGGAAUCUGAGUUUGGAAAGGUUAGUACUACUCAAGAUUACUCAACGGAGGAAAUUAAUGAUUGGGAAUUCGAUGAGCUUGAAAGAGAAUUUACAUCUGGUAGCACCAAGUGAUUACUUCCAUCUCUUUUCUUAGACAUUAAUGCUUGCUGCUGUAAUUUUAUAAUGAAGCAAGUGCAAGUAUCAUAUAAAUUUGUAAACUAUAGAUCGGCCAUCGAUGAAGUUUGCAAGAUCAGACGGCCUCUGAAUUUGUAAAGAUUAAUGAUCGUAAUUUAUUAAUUUAUCUGUAAAACACCUAAUUUGUAACCCGUAGGCGGAAUAUCAAAUGAUUUGAAAUGUUUAGCAUAGCUGUAAAUUUUAAGCUUGGUGAAUGAAUAGAUGAAUGUUAUUUA